AUGAGGAAUGCUUUGUUAAAUAUAGUCUAAUAAAAUGAAUUUAAUGGAGAAAUAGUUGCUAGAAAAAAUGAAUUAUUUAACUUAUUAAACGAGAGCAACAACUAAAGCAUGCAGAGCACUCUUAAUAAAAAUAACAUCUAAUAAAACCAAGAAUUUAAAAGCUAAAAUAUUUUCAAAAAUAUUUAGUAAAUUAGAUUGAAGUCUUUAAACACCUCCAAACACAUAUCUUUAAAAAGUCCAAACACUUCAUAUUAUUAAGAUUAAAGCAAUUCAAACUUUUAAACAACAAUUAACUCUCAGCCUUUCCACAUAUCUAAGAAAGAUAACAUCAAAUAAAUGCACUACUUAAAAGACUAGUUUAAUCCCUUUUAAAGUAUUAAAAAUUUAAAAACUAAUUAAACUUCGACCAACUUUUUAAACUCUUUUUUUGCAGAGACCAAUGAAACUUAUGAUAAGUUGCACCAAACUAAUUUAACCCAAUAAAGCGAUAUUUCAAAUAAUAUUUAAACAGCAUCAUACCCUAACACACUUAAUUCUGAAUUAUUCACUAAUUAAAAUACUUCAAUAUUAGUUAGAGGCCAGAGAAAGAAUAGUGAUGCUUAAUUUGUAUAAAAAAUAGUGCAGUAAACUUAAUCAAAUUUAUUAUAAAUGAAUGCUUCUCAAACAGUAUUAAAUUCUACAUAAAAUUAAUAGUAAAAAUAUCUACCAAACUAUUAACCAAAGUCUUCAUCUUUCCACUCAACUAAGAAUUUAAUGAAAGAAUCAAUUCAGAAAUUUAUUUUAACAGAAGAAACAGCAAGAGAAUUUUCAAUUUAAUCCUUAAAUAAAGAAGAAGAAAGUAGUUUUUCGCACAAAGCGUCUGAUAUAUUUAAAAGCAGAGCUUUUUCUAAAUUAGAUUUAAAUGGAAGCAAAGAAAUUUUAUAGAAAUCAUUUGUUGAUUAAUAAAGUUAUUACUUCUAGUAACAAAAAUAAUAGAAUAUCAUUCAGCCUAAUAAAAGGAGUGAUAAGCUGCUAAUUGGUUCUUAAUCUCUUUCAAAAUUAAAUAGCAAAAAAAAGUUAAAAACAUAUAUAUAACAAAAGUAGAGUUUCCUUCAUGAAACAAGCUCAUACAUUUAAGAGAUAGAAUUUAUUAAUAUAAAACAAGCAGAAUAGUUGAAAAUAGAUAUAGAACUUUCCCCUCUUUAAAGAAAAAGAAAAAAUAAACUUAAAGAAACUUCAAAUAAUUAAAAUGAAAACAGCAAAUUAUCACAACAGACAAAUCUAUGUUAAUAACUUUAUCAAGAUUUUGACUUAUUUAUUUAAAAAUUGAACAAUUACAAGACAAGCAUGGGUGAGCUGUAUAAAAUAUUGACUGAUAUUGAAGACAGAGCAUUUAAUUGCAUCAAUAUCUCAGUAUCUCUGUAGAUCAAAUACAUCAAAUGUUUGCUUGCUUCUUUAUGCAGUGAUUUAGACAUAUCUUUAAAAAGCUGGAAAGAAUUUUUAAAAGUUUGUAAUUGCUCAUAAACUUUCCUAUAUAAAAUCAUAGGAUACAAGAACAUGGCAGAAAUUUAUAGAAAAAAGGGAGAAUAUGAUCGUCAAUUAGCAUAUCUAAAAAAAUUGUUGAAAUAUUCAUGGUUUUAUAAUAAAAAAGAUUUUGAAAACUAUGCUUAUGAGUAAAUAUCAAAAGCUUAUUUUUAUAAAAAUAACUUAGAAUUAGCUAUUUUCUUCCACAAAAGAAUGAUUGAUUAUAAUUUAGAAACAAACAACUCAAGAUUAAAGUAAUUAGGAAUUUAAUUAGUCAAAUAUGAGUAAGAGUAAAAAAUGAAAACACUCUAGGACAACUCAUUCUCUGAGGAUGAAUUUGAACUAGAAUAAUUUAAAACUGCUGGUUUAUCCUAAAAUCAGCUUCAAAGUCAGAGCAUAAAAGAAGCAAAAUUUGAUACAGACAGCCUAAAAAAAAACUAAUCACAGGAAAUUCUUUAAAGAAGCCCUAGUAUUGGCCUUAAUGAAUAGUCCAUUUUACAAAAUUAAAUGAAUGAGUCAAUUAAAAAUACAAGGCUUAAUAAGUAUAAAUUCAAUAAUAACAUUUCUUCAUUAGAGGGAAUGAAAGCUAUAGCUACCAUAAAAAAUAAAAUGUCAAUUCCUUAUGGGCCAAUAACUCCUAAAGCGCUAUAUAGAAAGCAUGGAUAAGUUAACUUAAGAGGAAAUAUUGAUAUAUCAUCUGAUAAGUUAAAGUUUAAAGUAAUGAAGAAUAAUUUAAUAAAGAAUUUUGAUAAAAUUUAUAUAAAUCAUCUGAGCAAUAGUCGUUAAAUAGAUGCUAUGGUCAAUUUAAAUAAUCGAAUUCAUGAAAAAACUAUUGAGCUUAUAUCAAAUGAUGCAAUGAGAUUGAAGAAGGUUUCUAUCAUUAUGAAAAGAGUUAUUGAACAAGUCAAAGAAAAUAUAUAAUACUUUUAUUAUUAGUGCUAAAUUAAGGUAAACUAAUUAAACAAUAGUUGA